AUAAAACAUGUCAGCGCCUAUGUAAAGUAACGGAGUAUAUGGAAAACGUGCUCUGUUGAAAAUCUAAGGCCAAACCAUGGCGAAAAUCAGUGCAUCUGAACAGAAAAUGUUGAUGCUUCAGCAUCAAAUGAAGGAAAACAAUUUGGAUCUCGAAUCCUUCGUCAAAGACAUGAACAAAUGGGAGGACAGCAUAAAAGAAAAAGAGAAGAAAUUGAUAAGUGAAAAAUCUGUGAAUGGAAAGGAUUUGCCUCCUAUAAGAAACAGUUUGAAAAUAAAGAAGAAAAAGAAAGUGAAACCACAGAAGGAUGAUGACAUUCAGGGGAGAAAACCUCGCAAGAGAAUCAGUGGUUAUGACUACCGUUCCUGGGAUAAAUUGGACAUUGAUAAAAUGUGUGAUGACGUUGAUAAAACAGAGAAGUCUGACUCGUCUGAGUACGAGACGGAUGAAGAAUGGGAGGCAGAGAGAAGGAAACAACAAGCUGCCAUGGAGAAAGAUGCAGGAAAUGAUUACUUCAAGCGAGGGGACUAUACAAAUGCCAUUGAGUCUUACACAAAAGGAAUGGGAUUGGAUCCCACUAAUCCUAUACUACCAGCCAACAGAGCUAUGGCUCUCCUGAAGGAACAGAAGUAUGCAGCUGCUGAGGUUGACUGCAUGACGGCCUUGACUUUGGACCCUUUAUAUGUGAAAGCUUACCUCAGACUGGGCGCCGCUCAGUUCUGCAUGAAGAAGUUCGACAAAGCAAAAGACACGUUUGAAAAAGUCCUACAACUCGAACCUCAGAACAAACAGGCAAAGUUUGAGAUCGAAAAAAUUGAAAAGGAGAUGAAGAAAGAACAAAUGGUUACCCAUGACAGUUUAGGUCCUGAUGUAGGCCUCGUUAAACCAAUUACAAAACCAGUGAAUAAAAGGUCAAAGAAACCAUUGAGGAGGUUAGAGAUUGAAGAAGUGGAUAUCGAGGAGACAGAUAUUAGGCAAGCAGCCAGAUCUCGAGUUGAGGAAAGCCACAGUACACAAAGGAAAGAAACAGAAUCCAGGGACAAUCAAAUGUUUGCUAAAUUCACAAGUCCAGGCAUGAUAAAUGCUGGAUCCACCCAACAAACUGUGCAAGAAUCUACACCUGUGAUAAAUAGUGAUAUUUCAACUAAAUCUCAGACUGAACAACAGCUGGAUUUAUCAAGUGUUCAGAAUGAGGCUAAAACAUCCAUUAGCCCCAGAUCAGAGGGAAAGUCAGUGUCACCCAGAGGCUUUUCCGUCCCAGCUUCCUCAUUCCAAUUUCAGGCUGAUUACAAAGUGCUGAAGAAAGACACCACUGCUUUUUAUAAUUAUUUGAAAAAAAUAGACCCUUCCCUAUACCCCAAGCUGUUUGGAGAAUGUUUAGAUGCAGAAAUUUUGAUGAAGAUGUUAUCAGUAUUUCAGAAGUGCUUCAUAUCUGCUGGUGAAGACUAUUUCCCUCACAUGAGUAAACUGACAGAAGUGAAAAGGUUUGGAAUGACGGUUAUGUUUUUCUCAAGGAAAGAAAAGCAAGUGUUGCAGCAUUUGUUUGACAAUCUAAAAGAGAAUGGAACAAUUUCAGAAAAAGAUCUGAAGCAACUUAAAACAAAGUACGAGAUGAGCUGACGAAUUGCAGUACACAAUCCAUCUUUUAAUGUUUUUUUUCCCUGAAAGUAAAGAUUUUAGUUAAUUUCUUUUUUUGCUAUUCAGACACAGUGUGACAAAAUGACAAUUCAAAUUGAAACACUGUAAAAGAUAAACUAUGUUUGAAUAAAUGUUGCAUAUUCAAUUCAAAAAGAAAUACGUAAGAAGAACUUUAAA